UAUUAUUAUUAAACAAAACGUAACAUUUUUACAAUAAAAAGUUUGUGUUUACUAUUUUAUUGGAGGAAGUUGUGUGAUUCUUACACACUUAGAGAAUUAUCAGAUAAGAGUUAUCUAGAUGUGUUUUACUAAAGAUAAAUCCUAAUUGAACUUUGAAACUGAAGUGAAGCACAGUAUUGGAUAAAGUGGACAUCUUGUCACUCAAAUUGCAACAAAAAAAUAUAAAGUAAAAAUGUAAUAUAUCUAAAUCGUUUAGAUAAUGAUCAUACAAUAAAAUGAAAUGUUUGUACUAUGCAAAUGGAUUUUAAUAUAUAAUACAGUUGUGCUGCUUUUAUAUUCUGAUACGGUAUGUGCGACAAAUGCGAAAGAGGUAGAAAAACUAGCUGGUGUUGUGGAAAAUAUUACAGUGCAAGUCUUAGAAGAUAAAAGUUAUUUAAAAAAUGACAAUGUACUGGAAUCGUUAAAAUUGAAUGUAUCUUGGAUACCACCAAGUGGAGGAAAACAACCUUAUUCGUACAGCAUUAUGAUUACAAGUAUCUUAAGAGAAACCGAUAUAAAUAAGACAGAAUGUAUAGAAGGUUCUGCGCUCUACAAUGUGCAAAAUAAAGGUCAAUUUAGCAUAUUAAUACCGCAAAAUAAAUUAUUGAAUGGAAUGUCGGAGGUACAAAUACAUCCAAAUUGUAUGUACAAGAUACAUGUAUAUGCUAAUCCGAGAGCUAAACCUACAGGAAAGUUACCAGAGGUUAUUUAUACAGUUCCGAAAUGUAUUGGUCAUAAGUGCAGUUGCGCGGAUGCAAAAUCUAUCUUGCCUACUCCAAAAGUGGAGGCAAUUCGAACAAAAGAAAGUAUUGUUGUUAACUGGAAUAUUACGUCGAACAGUUCUGACAUUUGUUCUUAUGUAAUUAGCGUUGGCAUACCAUUGUUGAUAUCAAAAGCAGGACAAUCUGUGUAUAAUAUCACCAAGAUAAGUAAUGUGACUUCUGCAACAAAUACCUUCAGUUGGGACAUGAGAGUUGAUGGUCAAUAUAUAAAGGUGAAAAAUAAAUAUAAAAUAUUGAUAGCAGCAAUGGAUUGUCGAGGUUGCUUGGGAACUCAAGGAUUCGCUGUUAUUAAUGCGAGCGAAACUAAAAUAUUGAAUAGGAGCACCAUGUGGUUGUUAUUUGUCGGAGUUGUCAUUUGUAUUGUAUUGGGCUUUAUCGGUAUUAUGUCUAUACAUAAUAAAAAUGGGUAUCGAUUUGUAUUGACAACUAGACGGAGACAAACAGGGUCUUGUAAGCUCCGUCGUCAGUGGCCAGAUCUAGUUUUCCAAAGACGCAAUAUUAUGUAUGUCAACAGGUUUGAGGAGCCGUUUUACAGCAUACAUAAAGAUGAAUUUGAAGUGCCGUAUAAAUAUUUGAACCUUAUACGUGAAUUGGGAAAGGGACAGUUUGGUAAAGUGUAUCUAGGUAAAUUAAACAAUGAGAGCACGUUAAUAGCUGUUAAAAUGGACGCACACAAUGGACCUGAAGCACAGCAUCAAUUAUUGGAGGAAAUCAAGAUAAUGAAAGCAGCUGGUCCCCAUACACAUUUAGUGACCUUUAUAGGUUGCUGCACUUUACCGGAUAAUCCUACAUGCAUACUUUUGGAGUAUAUGGAAGGUGGAGAUUUGCUCGCGUAUCUGCAUCGCAGAAGAAACAUUAAAUCGAACGAUAUGUCUUUGUGCAGUUUUGAAAAUGCUGUAUCGAGGUACGCGGAUAUUAUUGAAGGAAAUAAAAACGACUAUAAACAUCCGUAUGAUACAAUCGAGACUCAACAAUUAAUAAAGUUUGCGUUCGAUAUUGCAAGUGGAAUGGAACAUUUGGAAGCCAAGAGAAUUGUACAUAGAGAUUUGGCAGCAAGAAACAUCCUCCUGACCUCAGAUCUAACACUAAAGAUUUCUGACUUUGGCCUGUCACGAAGUGGCACAUAUGUAAUACAUAAUAUGUCUGACAAAAUUCGCCAACUUCCAAUACGUUGGAUGUCGCCAGAAGCUAUACGCGAUCGCGCUUUCUCCUCUAAAAAUGAUGUCUGGUCAUUUGGUGUUGUACUCUGGGAAAUUGGGACUUUAGGUUCUUUUCCAUAUUCCAGUAUACAGGACAACAAGCUGUUGCAUUAUUUAACUCAGAGCGAAUGUCGCUUAACAUGCCCCGAUACAAUUUCUCAGGAUAUAUACAACAUUAUGUGUUCGUGUUGGAACACAGCUCCGCAAGACAGACCUAGUUUCGCACAACUUGUUUCGGACCUAGAGGCACUAAAGAAACCUUUACACUUUAUGCAUGAAACAAGUAAUCCUUGUUAUGGAUUGCUGUCGCACUAGUAUGUCUUGGGAUUAACGGAUAGAUAUAUAUACGUACAUAUGUAUGUGUUGUAAAAAUAAUAAAACACCAAAA